CGGGCGGCCGGACAGUCCGGCGGCGGCGGCGGCGGGAGCAGGAGCCGCGGGAGCCCCGAGAAGCCCCCGCGCGCCCGGCCGGGGCGCCGCGGCCACCAUGUCCGUGCCGAACGUGCUGGCCAAGGCCCUGUACGACAACGUGGCCGAGUCCCCGGACGAGCUCUCCUUCCGCAAGGGCGACAUCAUGACGGUGCUGGAGCGGGACACGCAGGGCCUGGACGGCUGGUGGCUGUGCUCGCUGCACGGGCGCCAGGGCAUCGUGCCGGGCAACCGCCUCAAGAUCCUGCUGGGCAUGCAGGACAAGAAGCCCGCAGCACCCGCCGCCUACCCGCCGCCGCCCGACGGCGUGUACCUGGUGCCCACCCCCGGCAAGGCCCACUACCAGCCCCCGGGCGCCGGCCCCCAGUUCCAGUCGCCCCCCGCCAAGCACUCGGCCCCCUUCUCGAAGCCGCAGGCGCAUCACCCCGCGCCGGACCUGUACCAGGUGCCCCCGGGGCCCGGCAGCCCCGCCCAGGACAUCUACCAGGUGCCCCCCGCUGCCGGGAUGGGCCACGACAUCUACCAGGUGCCCCCGUCCAUGGACGCGCGCGGCUGGGAAGGGACGAAGCCACCGGCCAAGGUGGUGGUGCCCACCCGCGUGGGUCAAGGCUACGUGUUUGAGACCCCCCAGCCGGAGCAGGACGAGUACGACGUCCCACGCCACCUGCUGGGCCCCGGGCCCCAGGACAUCUACGACGUGCCCCCCGUCCGCGGGCUCCUUCCCAGCCAGUACGGCCAAGAGGUUUAUGACACGCCCCCUAUGGCUGUCAAAGGACCCAAUGGCCGGGACCCCUCCCUGGAUGUGUACGACGUGCCCCCCAGCGUGGAGAAGGGUCUGCCCCUGUCUAGUCACCACGCGGUAUACGACAUCCCCCCGUCGGUGAGCAAGGACGUGCCCGACGGGCCGCUGGUGCGCGAGGAGACCUACGAUGUGCCGCCCGCCUUCUCCAAGGCCAGGCCCUUCGACCCGGCCCGCCACCCACUGGUCCUCGCCGCGCCCCCUCCGGACUCGCCGCCCCCUGAGGACGUGUACGACGUGCCCCCGCCAGCGCCUGACCUCUAUGACGUGCCCCCCGGCCUAAGGCGGCCGGGCCCCGGCGCCCUCUACGACACGCCUCGGGAGCGUGGGGCGGCCGAGGGCGUGUAUGCGGUGCCACCACCGGCCGAGCGCGAGGCCCCGGCAGAGGGCAAGCGGCUGUCGGCAUCCAGCACGGGCAGCACCCGCAGCAGCCAGUCAGCCACGUCCCUCGAGGGAGCGGCGCCGGGCCGGGAGCCCCUGGAGCUGGAGGUGGCCGUGGAGGCGCUGGCCCGGCUGCAGCAGGCUGUGAGUGCCGCCGUGGCCCACCUCCUGGACCUAGCGGGGAGCAGUGGGGGCUGGCGCGGCGCCCCCGAGCCGCAGGAGCCCCCAACGCAGGACUUGAGGGCCGCUGUGGCCACCGUCCAGGGCGCCGUCCAUGAGCUGCUGGACUUUGCCCGUGGCGCAGUGGGCAACGCCGCACACACACCCGACCGCACGCUGCAUGCCAAGCUGGGCCGGCAGCUGCAGAAGAUGGAGGACGUGUACCAGACACUGGUGGCCCACGGCCAGGCCCUAGAGAGCAGCCGGGGCGACCCGGGUCCCACGCCGGAAGACCUGGACCGCCUGGUGGCCUGCUCGCGGGCCGUGCCCGAGGACGCCAAGCAGCUGGCCUCCUUCCUCCACGGCAACGCCUCGCUGCUCUUCAGACGGACCAAGGGCCCCGGGCCCACGCCUGAGGGGGGUGGCCCCCCGCACGCCAGCGGCCCCGACAAGGCCAGCAGCAUCCAGUCCCGGCCCCUGCCCUCGCCCCCCAAGUUCACCUCCCAGGACUCACCAGACGGGCAGUAUGAGAACAGUGAGGGGGGCUGGAUGGAGGAUUACGACUAUGUCCACCUGCAGGGGAAGGAAGAAUUCGAGAAAACCCAGAAGGAGCUGCUGGAAAAAGGCAACAUCAUGCGGCAGGGGAAGAACCAGCUGGAGCUGCAGCAGCUGAAGCAGUUCGAGCGGCUGGAGCAGGAGGUGACACGGCCCAUAGACCACGACCUGGCCAACUGGACGUCAGCCCAGCCCCUGGCCCCCGGGCGGACGGGCGGGCUGGGCCCCUCGGACCGGCAGCUGCUGCUCUUCUACCUGGAGCAGUGCGAGGCCAACCUGACCACGCUGACCAACGCGGUGGACGCCUUCUUCUCCGCCGUGGCCUCCAACCAGCCGCCCAAGAUCUUCGUGGCACACAGCAAGUUUGUCAUCCUGAGUGCCCACAAGCUGGUGUUCAUCGGGGACACGCUGUCACGGCAGGCCAAGGCGGCCGACGUGCGCAGCCAGGUGACACACUACAGCAACCUGCUGUGUGAUCUGCUGCGCGGCAUCGUGGCCACCACCAAGGCCGCCGCCCUGCAGUACCCCUCAGCCACCGCCGCCCAGGACAUGGUGGACAGGGUCAGGGAGCUGGGCCACAGCACCCAGCAGUUCCGCCGUGUCCUGGGCCAGCUGGCCGCCGCCUGAGCACGGAGUGACCCGAGACAGGGGAAGGGGCAGCGGGCCGUGGCGGCCUGAGCUGCGUGAACAGAGUCGCCGAGCGUGGGCUUGGGAAUGGCCCGGCGCCCCGCCAGCUGUGGACCUGUACAUAUUUAUGACGUGGCGGGAUGGGGCGCAGCCCAGGAACCAGGUCUGGGGGGCAGCUGGCAGCUCCCUGGGGGCGCAGGGCACAGGGCUCUGACCCCCACACAGGCCUGCCUCUGCACAGGGGCAACCGAGUGCCCCUGACAGGUAGGUGCAGGCACCGCGCUGGCGUACCCUCCGCUACACCAGGAGAGACUGCUAAACACUAUUUUUCAUUAUUGAUUUUCCAAUCAUUUGACUAAUAGUCUACAUUUAAA